AUGCCAGACCCAGCACCCCAAAUUGUUGUCGGCUGUCUGCUCGACGUGUCGGGCUCAAUGCGCAGCGCCUUAGAGCCAGGCCAAUCGAAUGAGCCAGCUGGUGAUCGACUCAGAGCUGUCCUUCGAGCGGCCCUCAAAUUAGCAAAAGCAGAACGCCAGCAGAAUUCCAGUGCCUUUAUGUUCGUUGGCGUCUUUGGAUUACGGACGUCUGAAAAGUACCCUAAUCCUCAAGCAGCCGACUUAUGUGGGAUCGCAGAUGCUCUUCUGAUCGAUUCGGAAAACAGCUCUUCCGGCCAUGAUCUUCUCAUUGCACGUGCGAACGCGAACAACGUGUCAUAUAUAUCAAGACACAUCAAAACGAAACUCAGUAGCCAAGAGGCUCGAAUCGUUGACGCGCAUUUGAAACUACAUCCUGACCAAGUGCAACAAUUCAUUGAUGCCAUUCCACCUGAAGAGGAGGUAACCAGAUUACGCUCAUCGAGUCGGCAACAUAGCGCAGGUGCUGGAAUAACCCUCGGAUGCGCCGUAUCCGUGGUCGUCCCUGGGGCCAUUGUUGCUGCUGCUGCUGUAUCUCUUGCUACUAUUAUGGCCGGUGAAAUGGCUAGCAAUUCAAUCGAAGACUCAAGGGUCGAGAGAUCUGAGGCUUUAGCAUUUGCCAGACGUAUCCAGCGGGACUGGCUAUCGGACUUUGAGACUUUCAGGCCUCGUCCAAUCUUUGAAGUUGUGGAUAUUCUUCAGCGGCUCCAGGAUCAGUGGCUGGACCACGAGGACAGUGAUUCAAGAAAUGUGUCGGAAGAGGACAACGACAAUCUAUUUGACGCCAUUCGCCAGUACAUGUAUGGUCUUACGCCAAUGUGCUACGCUCUACAGAAGGCCCGGGAUGCUUUUCGAAGCAACCCUGAAGCAAAACGUCGCGUACUCGUACUCAUGUCGGAUGGUAUUUCAACAGAUGGCGAUCCAUCAACGGCCGCUAAUGAUCUUCGAAUGGAGGAAGUAUCAAUCGCAACAGUCAAACUUACAGACGACCUUUCUGGCCCGCAGCGAGCCUUGUAUUAUGAAGCCAAUCCACUCUGGGACGUGGGCACCCGGGAUCUCUUCAGUAUGUCGAAGCGUAUCGAUGCAUUGACACAUCCAGUUCCUGUUCUAGCCGCUGCUGGUUGGGCAAUUCCUCUAGCCGGGGAGGUUGCCCUGUUUUGCACUGUUUGCACUGUCAGAGCGCUGGAAGAGUUUUGUACAUUGCUGCUCUCUGCCCGGUUCGGUUCAGCGGAUGCGUUAUUGGAUAUCGUUGGCAGUAUACGUCAUGACGACUACAUUAACAACGAGCAUCUUGCCAUUCAGCGUAGGCCCACCCAUCAGGGUAAAAGGCGUAUUUGCUACGCGCAUGCUGUCGCCUCCGUGAUACACAUGGCUCUGCUUCGCAUUGUCUCUAGAGAAGGAGGUGUACCUUCUUUCAUUGAGAUACGCGAAAGAAUUCUAUCUGAAUACCCAGAGACAGAAGCCGGUCAGCCUACUGAAGAUGUAUUGUCAGAUGCGUGUAUUUGGUACCGCCCCCUCCAAUUUCGAGAGGUAGACGAGAAAGGCGCUCGCGAAGCAGUGCUACGGCGUCGCCCUGUGCUUGCUACAUUCGGGUUAUCGAAGAAGGGCUGGGACGAGUUCGGUGACCAUUUCGAUGAAAAUUCCGCAACGCGUACUGCUGUUCUCACAGAAGCUCAAAUGGCACCUCACUUUAACAAAAAGUUUGACGGUGGCCAUGCCGUUGUGUUGGUCAGCUGCAGCCCCGGGUCACUAGCCUUUUUAAACUCUUGGGGGAGUGCAUGGGGAGAUAAUGGAAUCUUCAAAAUCGAGAACCCUGUGGUUCUAGGGCAUAAAGACCGCUGCCUGCGCUUCUAUGACGUUUAUUGGGUGGAAGAAAAACUGACAGAUGCAGAACGACAAGCAUUUAACGCCAGGGUAGACGAGGAGCUUCGGCGUCGUGCUGAGGAACACGAGAGUAUUUUCGAGCUCGAAUAUCGGUGCCCAAAGUGCCUUGGUAAUUCCGCACUGGCUGAUUUCAGAGGAAGCGUCAGGAGAGCUUUAUGUCCAAAAUGCCAGGCAUGUUUCGAACCUGAUCCUGGACAUCUAGCUGAGGCCCUGUAA